UUCUCGUCAAACCUUUCAUUAAAAUCUGCUCCCUACUUGUAAAACAUUUAGAAGUGUUCAACCAAGUUAUCGAUUGACGACAAGGACGGUCACAUUUUCUAUUCGUUAGAAACUUCAAACAUGGCUUACGAGAAACCUGUUCCGGACCACAGAAGGAAGUGGGAUCGAGAUGAGUAUGAGAAAAUUGCUGCAGCUCGUUUGGAAGAGGAGGAAAAGAAAGCCCUGGAGAGGGAGUUGUCGAGAGAUAAACCAAUCAAAAGAGAACUUCUCCAGCCAAGAGAAUAUAAGGUUGAUUUAGAUUCCAAGCUUGGUAAAUCUCAGGUUAUAACAAAGACAACACCAGCGAGUCAACAGGGAGGGUAUUAUUGCAAUGUGUGUGACUGUGUUGUUAAAGAUUCCAUCAACUUUCUUGAUCACAUCAAUGGAAAGAAACAUCAAAGAAAUCUUGGAAUGUCAAUGAAGAUAGAAAGGUCAUCUCUAGAACAAGUCAGAAAAAGAUUUGAAAUGAACAAAAGAAAACUGGAAGAAAAAAAGAAAGACUAUGACUUUGAUGAGAGAAUAAAAGAAUUAAAAGAAGAGGAAGAGAAACAGAAAGCUUACAAGAAGGAGAAACGAAAGGAGCGUAAGCGUAAAGCUGAUGGUGAUAUUGACCAAGAUGCUGAUCCUGAUAUGGCAGCCAUGAUGGGAUUCUCUGGUUUUGGUAGCUCAAAGAAGUCUUAGCAUAUUUCUUCCUUUUCUUGACUUUUCUUGACUUGUCCUGGAAUGAUCAUAUUGAAGUUCGUGAUGUAUUUGUAAAAAAUGUGACAUGGCAAUGGAAAGUAUCUUGUUGAAAUUGUGUAAAUAAUCAAUCAUAUAUUACAAUCAUUGGAAAUAUUGUUUGAUUGAAUUAUGUACAGGUCAUAUUUGAAUCAUAUGUUUAUAGUGAACCAGGUGUGCCUUGUGCCUCCUUAGCAUUUCAACAGUGAACACUCGAAAUGUCAUCCAACAGAUCAUAUCUGAAUUAUUUCAAGAGUAUUAUUGUCUUAUUGAUGUAUUGUACAAGUUUGAUGUUGAGAAAUAUUUUUAGUCAUAAAAUAUUAUAGGAAAUGAUGUUAUGAAUGGUGUACUAGUGUAGUAAAAGUUUGACCAUACAGGUUGUAAAAUUGUGUCUCCAAUCAUAUCUUUUGAAGGCAUUUUUUGGCUCAAAUCUUGUAGAAAUUUUGUCGGGGUUCUUUCCUGAGUGAAGGAUCCAGUUCCAGAAAAAUUUAAAAAAGGAGGAAAUUCUGUUAACAUUUAAAAGAGUAGAGCUCUGUCAUUCAUUUUAAUUUCUAUAAACCUUAGCCAGGGCACUUCCAGUGAUAAAAUAUAGGAUAAACUUGAAUGUAGAAUGUACAUGUAUACUGUACAAACUAAUUCUAUUACAAGAGAGUAAUUUUUUCAUUUUAAUUUCUGUUGAACACGAUUUAUCUAGAUCUGCAUAGUUCUGACCACUUUGAUGUAAUGUAUCCUUGUAAAAUGUUAAUGGUAAAGAUAGGUAAAUUGUAUGAGUGCCAGCGAAAAACAGUGAAACUUAUGGUCAGGUAGUACAUUUUUACAAUUGUUGUACAUAUUAUGUAUAUUUGACAACAUAGGAUGUUUUAUGUAAUUGAUGACUGAUGUUUAAAUGCCUGUGAAAUAAAACUCUGAAACAAU